AUGGCAUCACCACGCGCGGCCGAGGUGAUCGUUGUCGGCAGUGGCCUGGCCGGACUCACGGCAGCCCUCGAGGCGUUAAACUCAGGCACGCCUAAGGUGUGCCUGCUCGAACGCGCAGCCAAGCCAGGAGGCAACAGCAUCAAGGCCUCGUCGGGUAUUAAUGGCGCGCCCACGCGGUUCCAGAACAUCACUGGUAAGGAGGAGGCCGAAGCCGCCCAGUCGUUUUUGGACGACACGAUCCGGUCGGCCGGGUCGCGUCUCGCCAAUUCGGGUGGCAAGCUCGCUAGAAGCCAGCGCGAGGCACUCAUCACCACACUGACCAGCCACUCGGCCGAGGCCAUCGAGUUUCUAUCAGAUCUCGGCGUCGACCUGUCUGUCGUCGCGCAGCUCGGCGGCCACAGCCAUGCGAGGACGCACAGGGGCUCGGGCAAGACACCGCCCGGCGCUGCCAUCGUGAGCACCCUGCUGCGGACUUUGGCAGCCAAGGGGAACCAUCUCGAGCUCAUGACGGGCUGUGAGGUCACCAAGCUGCUGACUCGAGCUGUUCCGCAGUCCGGUCCUGCCGCAGCCGAAGUCACGGGGGUCGAGUUCAGAAAGGACGGCGAGCUGCGCACUCUGCACGGGCUGGUCAUCUUCACGGCCGGCGGCUUCGCGGGGGACACGCAGGGGCUGCUCGCCCAGUACCGUCCCGACUUGGGCGGAAUCCCGUCGACCAACGAGCCGCGGCCGGGGGCCCACAAGAUCCUCUCCGACGCCGGCGCGCAGCUGGUGGACAUGGAGAGCGUGCAGAUACACCCGACCGGCUUCAUAGAUCCGGCGAGCCCGCAGACGCCCCUAAAAUUCCUCACCGCCGAGAUGCUGCGCGGCGAGGGCGGGAUCCUCCUCUACAACCACAGGCGCUUUGUCAACGAGCUUGACACGCGCGAGCGUGUCAGCAGUGCUAUCAUGGGUCUCCCGCCAGCCGCACCCCCCCCCCCGCUGCGGCAGUUCCCCGUCAAGCUCAUCCUGGACGAGGGCGUGCACAGGCACACCCAAGGCCACGUCGGCUUCUACCUGUGGAAGGGCCUGAUGCGGAAGAAGAAGGUGUCUGAGCUCGACGCCAGCAUGCAGGCGGCGUUGGCCGACUAUGCUGUCAUCGUUCGGGGCGAUAAGAGCGACGAACUUGGCCGCACGGCGUUCGGGCACUGGAGGCUCGGCGUCGACAGGCCCGUGGAGCCGGACGACGAGGUGCUCGUGGGCGACGUCACGCCCAUCGUGCACUUCACCAUGGGCGGCGCGCUGAUCAACGAGCACGCCCAGGUUCUGGCGUCGGGGCUGGGCGACGACCCGAGGCCUCUGGCCGGGCUCUGGGCCGCCGGCGAAAUCACGGGCGGUCUCCACGGAGAUAACCGACUCGGCGGCUCGUCGCUGCUCGAGUGCGUUGUCUUUGGCAGGAUUGCUGGACGGCAGGCGGCUGCACAACAGGCCAGCCAAAAGGCAUCCAUCUAUCUGUAA